CACAAUUUCAUCUCUUGACCUCAUCGUCGCAACUAACCCACACAGCAGACAAAAUGGCCGCCGCUAAGAAGCAUGUUGCGAUCGUCAAGAAGCACACCAAGCGCUUCAACCGCCACCAGUCGGACCGCUUUAUGCGUGUUGACCCCUCAUGGCGCAAGCCUAAGGGUAUCGACAACCGCGUCCGCAGGCGGUUCAAGGGCCAGGCUGCUAUGCCCAAGAUCGGUUACGGAUCCAACAAGAAGACCCGCCACCUGAUGCCCUCUGGCCACAAGGCCUUCGUCGUCAGCAACGUCAACGACGUCGACCUCCUCCUCAUGCACAACACCACUUUCGCCGCCGAGAUCGCCCACGCCGUUUCCGCCCGCAAGCGUAUCGACAUCAUCGCCCGCGCGAAGCAGAUCGGUGUCAAGGUCACCAACGACAAGGCCCGCGUCAAGACCGAGUCGUAGAGCAGCGUGGAUUUUCACUUGGGCGGGGCAUACAAGGCGUCUCUCUGCUUAGUUACGAUCUCAAUGGGAAGGCUUUUCUUCUGUGGCUCGCUGAACAAAAUUUGACGGGUGACAUGCAUGUCAUGCACACGCAGCAUCAUUGCGGCUUAUUGUCAAGGGAUGGCCGAGAGUAUGAAGGAGUAAGGAAAAAUGCAAUGAAAUGAGCCAC